AUGUCUGCGGGUAUGGGGAAUUUCUUACGGAAGUUUGGAAAUAGCAAAAGCAAAAACAGUCGAAGUUUUAAAGGUACAACAACGACGUCGUCUGAUAAAUCUAGUGAAGCAUCACCGUCGGAUCCUGCUGCAAUCUCCGAAUCCGAUAAGUCCAACGCCACCAAGAAGAAGUACGCUCUAAUCCCUGACCGCUUCUCUUCCCUUGAUCAGGUAUCAAAAGCUCUAAGAGAAGCUGGUCUUGAAUCAUCCAAUCUCAUUCUCGGAGUUGAUUUCACAAAGAGCAACGAAUGGACUGGGAAAACGUCAUUUGAUGGAAAAUGUCUUCACGCGCUCGGAGAAAAGCCGAAUCCAUAUGAAAAGGCAAUUUAUGUAAUUGGCCAAACUUUAGCUCCUUUCGACGAAGACAAUCUCAUCCCUUGUUUCGGAUUUGGCGAUUCAACGACACACGACGAGGAAGUGUUCGGUUUCCACAGUGACAACUCUCCAUGUCACGGCUUUGAAGAAGUCUUGGCAUGUUACAGAAGAAUCACACCUAACUUGCGUCUCUCAGGGCCAACGUCGUAUGGACCGCUCAUCGAUGCUGCGGUCGACAUUGUGGAGAAGAACGGAGGACAGUUUCAUGUUCUGGUGAUUGUCGCUGAUGGACAGGUAACGAGAGGUUUGGAUAUGGCUGAAGGAGAACUCAGUCAGCAAGAGAAAACAACUAUCGACGCCAUUGUAAACGCAAGCUCGUAUGCUUUGUCGAUUGUUUUAAUCGGUGUUGGAGACGGGCCAUGGGAAGACAUGAGGAAGUUUGAUGAUAAGAUCCCUAAGCGUGAAUUCGACAACUUUCAGUUUGUGAAUUUCACGGAGAUUAUGAAGAGAGAUUCACCAGAGUCUGCCAAAGAAACUGCCUUUGCUCUUGCUGCUCUCAUGGAGAUUCCCUUUCAGUAUCAAGCAACAGUCGAACUCCGCUUACUCGGGAAACAAACGGGCUUAGCUAAGAAGAUCAAUCCGAGACCACCACCUAUUCCCUACACGCCUCCAAUUACUACUGGACUACCAUCACCUGAAUUAAACGAACAAACACAGAAUUGCCCGAUUUGUCUGACUAACCGAAAAGACGUGGCUUUUAACUGUGGCCACACGACUUGUAAAGAGUGUGGUUCCAGGAUUUCAAAUUGCCCUAUCUGCAGAGUACUGAUCAUAACCCGGCUACGGCUUUACACGUGA